GGUGCGAAGGAAGACACAUUCAACGUGCUGGACGUGGCGGAGUACACCAAGAACAGACCCUGGUGGCGCAAGGUGUUUGGCCCCAGCUCGGGGUCCAGCGCUGAGAAAUACAAUGUGGCCACACAGCUGCUGAUCACACAGCUGCUGAUCGGAGGGGUCACAGGAUGGUGUACUGGAUUCGUCUUCCAGAAAGUUGGAAAGCUGGCAGCAACAGCAGUGGGAGGUGGCUUUUUCCUACUCCAGAUUGCAAACCACACAGGAUACAUCAAAGUGGACUGGAAGCUGGUAGAACGGGACGUGAACAAAGCCAAGCAGCAGCUGAAAUUUCACAGCAGUGGUAAAAAAAUAUCUCCAGAAGUGAGAAGCAGAGCGGAUGAGGUGAUCAUAUUUCUGAAGAAGAAUGUUAUCCUGACUGGAGGGUUUGCUGGAGGGUUCCUGCUUGGAAUGGCAUCCUAG